AUGGCCUUCCUGGGCGUGAUGGUCUUCCUGGACGUGACGGCCUUCCCGGACUUCCCGGACGUCAAGGCAUACCCGGGCCUGAGGGUCGACCAGGUCUUUGUGGUCCUCCAGGAAAAAUCGGUCCACAAGGCAUACCCGGGCCAGCAGGAGAACGCGGGCCAGCAGGAGAGCGCGGUCCACGAGGGUGGCACGGGUGGCCAGGUAGACCUGGUCCCCAAGGCUCGCCUGGACAUGACGGAGCACAGGGCCCACGUGGGCCCCAAGGGGGGAGGGGUCAACGAGGUCAGAGAGGAGCAAGGGGUGAGAGAGGGCCAGGGGGUGAAAGAGGACCGCAGGGCGGUAGCGGAGCACCGGGCGGGAGAGGAAUGCCGGGGGAGAGAGGACCACGGGGCUAUAUGGGACCACGGGGCGAGAGAGGACCAGAGGGUGAGAGAGGACCACCGGGAGAGAGACCACCGGGCUGGCCGGGCUGCCCCCGUGAUCCAUGGGGCUCGAGGAGGAACAUGA